GGGGAUGAAAGUAGGGCUUUCAACAGCUCUGUACGCUUCAGUCCAAGUGAAGUUGCAGCUAUUAAGGCUGAUAUAUUGGUGGAUUAUUUUUCUAUUCAAGACCGAGAAAGAUUUGUCGGAUGCAUUAUGGAAGACAGACCUGGCCCUCCCUUCUCAGAUGAUCCCUGUGAGUAUAGUAUUUUUCAUGUUAUUUUACUUAUAUUAUAUUGAAUAAUAUUUUUCAGCAUUUAUGAACUUGAUGUCCUCCACACAAAAUCCUUCCCAGCCAUGUACAUCGUCUCAGAUAUUAUUUUCUCAAUCUACGUCACCGGUACAGCCAGUCUCCUCCACUCAGCCGUUGACUUCUUCUCAUCCCUCAUUGACCUUGCCAGCCUCAACUUCAACUGGACAUUCUCACUCUGUUCUACACUAUGGGUCAACAUUAUCGUUGCAGGCUCCUGUAUCAUCUCCUCAGUCGCUGUCUCCUCGGUCUGCCACAUCCUUACCGCCUGUAUCAUCAUCUCGGCCAAUCUCCUAUUCGCAGCAAGUGCUGUACUCUCAGUCAAUGUCAUCUGGCAGAGUAUUGCGAUCUAGAGUUGUCCCACCUACUGAUGUUAGUCGCAAGAAGUGGCAUUCCAGGUUACAAUUAGGGAAUUGCAGAAUAUUAUGUGGAUCAAGUCGCUAGGAAUUGGUGGAGGGACGAGCAGUCUACAGAGGCGAUCAUAUGGGAUGAUGAUAUUUUCCAAAAAUACCUACAGUGAUGUUAGUUAUUAAGCCUACAUAUUACAAUGCCAUAACCAUAAAUUCGAAAAAUAUCAUAUAUACCUAAUUCCUCCCAACUUUUUAAUAAAUAUGUAUUUUUCCACAUUUAAGUUUUUUAAUCUGAUCCUCA